AUGAAUGACCUGGGGCUGUUGAAACCUGUUUGCCUGUUUGAACAAUUUUUCGAUCACAAACUCCGUCUCAAUAAUGCGCCCUGCGACGAAUUUGCUCACUUCUCAUGCUGUACUGGUGUGAUUAGUACUGCAGUUGGUUCAGCAAUUGUUUCUGUUGGCGCUACCUGUGUCAUCUGUGGAAUAAAGGUGAAGGUGUUGCCCUCUUCCCCUCUCGACCCAGCGUCACUCCUUAUUUGCAAUAUUGAGCAUAUGAGCUUGGCUCAACGGGGUCAGCGCAUUAAUCCGGCUCCAUCGAAAGAGCUUCAGUCGCUUGCUGUUCAUCUUGAGAGGAUUCUCGUCUCGGUUGCGCUCCCUGCUAUCAAAAGUCAGCUUCUCAUCCAUUCUGAAAGAGGAAAUGGGCAUAACGCUUUUCCCUCUGGCUCCUAUUUGCUUCAUAUUGACAAUACAGUUGUCUUCGACGAUGGCUGUCUUCUUGACGCAUGUUUGGCCGCCGCUUUGGCUGCUCUUAAAACGGCCUCAUGGCCCCGCCUUGUCGCGGCUUCUUUGCCUAUUCAGAACGUCGGCUCUGCUCUUUCGACUUCCAAAGUGGAGUUUAAGGAGAAGGUCCCUAAUGAAUUGGUGAAGCUGGUGUUGUCCGAGUGGCCGAUGGCGCUUUCGUUUGCCGUGGUUCCACGCGCCCCUCCCAAUGCCUCUCUUGAAGCUAUUUUUCAGCCCUCUCGCAGCGAGUGUCUGUUAUGGGACACUGAUGCCUCCGCCUGUCGCCUUGUAGUGGAUUCAUGUGGCCGUGUGGUCGAUUUUACAAUGUUUGGUGGAUUAGCCUCUGGCUUGUGGCGGCACCUGGGCGUUAAUGAUGGCAGCGAAAGCACCAUUGGCAGUCUACUUAGGCGAAUUGUAGUACGGGCAAUCGAAUAUGCAUCACUCGUGCGACAGCGGCUGAUUGCCGACACGUAG